AUGGCAGCUCCUCGGCCGAUAAAAGGUAUCCUAAAAAACAAAAACAGCGGGACUCACGCUCAGACGCUGUCCACUGAAGGUCCAGGAGACGUACCGGAACAAGUAGCCGGAUUCACAGAGGAUGAUCAGCAAAAAAAAUCCACAAAAUGGGAUGAGAUGAACAUACUUGCCACAUACCAUCCAGCAGAUAAAGACUACGGCCUGAUGAAGAUUGAUGAACCAAGUACUCCCUAUAACAGAAUGGUUGGUGACGAUGAUGACGGAGUUCUGAGUGAUUCAGACGGCCAAGCUCUCACUGCGGAUGACCUGGCCUCAAAACUAAUUGCGGCUGAAGGAUCUGAGCCCAGAUUUAUGAAGGAUGAAGAGGAAGAGGAGGAGAGCAGUGAAGAAGAGGAAGAAGAAAUGUCCCCCGAGGAACACGCAAAAAAGAAACAAUUUCAGAUGAUGAGGAAGAUGCAUUACAAUGAGGGACUCAACAUCAGACUUGCCCGUCAGCUCAUCGCCAGUGAACUUGAGGGUGAUGAAGAGGAUGACGAUGAUGAGGAGAUGAGAGAUGACACAGAGGAGACUCCAGAGCAGGCAGAGGAAACGGAGGAGAUCAGCGUCGACCCUCCUCAGGAAGCUGAAUCACUGGACUUGUAG